AUGAAUUCCCAGAUACUACCUAAGAAUAGAGCGCUUCAUGCGAAUAAUUCUAGGAUGCCUUCUGGGAGAGUGGGAUCAAUUUCUGAAAAUAGAAGUGGGUUAAAGUUAUCGAAAAGACUUGGUUCUGGAAAUAGAAUACUUUCAAAUCACAGGAUUAUUUCAAAUACUCGACAUGGAAGUCGCAACUUAGGGAUAGAGGAUGAUUUAGAUUCAAGUUUCAAUGACGAAAAUGCUAUACGCUUUGAUGAGAACAAGCACACUAUUUUAUCCAAUUUCGAGGAGUGGAUCAAGCUUUCAACAGAUAAUAAAAUCACCUCAAAAAAUUCAUGGCAAUUUGCUUUGAUAGAUUAUUUUCAUGAUCUUAAUGUUAUAAAAGAUGGAGAGACGAUUAACUUUCAAAGAGCGUCAGCAACAUUGGAUGGUUGUGUAAAAAUUUACCUGAGUAGAGUGGAAUCAGCGGCAACUGAAACAGGAAAGCUCUUAAGCGGUCUUGCUAAGAAUAAGAACAAUAAUGAAGUGGAUUCGCUUCAAGAAAAUGAGGUUGAAGAUGAGAACGAGUCUAAUAAUGAAGAAGAUACUGAAGGAGAUGGCAAAAAGAAGAGGAAAAUAAAUCGAGUCGUAGAGUCUACUUUGGUUCCUUUCGAGAGUAUCGUAGUUAAGAAAUUUGACCAGGAACUCGCAAUUGAUCCCCUUUUCAAAAAAGCUUUGGCUGAGUUUGACGAGGGUGGCGCAAAAAGUUUGUUGUUGAAUACAUUAAGUAUAGAUUCUACUGGCAGGGUCAUCUUCGAUGCGACAACCAAUCCUAUUAGCGAAGGAUUUAAGGAACCUCAAGAGGUGCACAAAACGAGCGAUAAUGCCCUUGAUCUCUCGGGUUUAGAGGCACUCUUGUUUGAUGAGGAUGGAUUGAAUGACACAUCUAUUUGCCCUUCAAUGCCUCAAAUUAAGUCCGUUGUUGGUGAUAUUAGUAGAGCUAAAUCAAUAUUAAAUGACGUAAAUAACCAGUUCAACCUUGAAACUGGUCUAGAUGUUGCUGGGACUAAGGAUGAGAAUUUCGAAAACUUUGAUUAUGAAGACUAUGGUGCUGAGUUAGAUAAUGACGUAGGUGGAGAUGAUAAUGAUGCUAAUGAACCAAUCAAUAAUUUAAACCAAAGUAUUGUUCAGCAGAUAUUCAACGAGCCCGAACAACUAGUGGAAAAGUCUCAUUCUGCUGAGGUUCUAGAUAGAGACCUCAUGGUAUAUUUCGAUCAAAGACUAAAGGCGAACUGGAGAGGUCCGGAACACUGGAAGGUAACUGCACUUAAGAAGUCGAAGAAUUUGGACCUGAAGGAGGAAUCUGCAACUAAAGUGAAUAAAGAUUCACAAUCUACGAAGAGCAAGAAACUGCAGAUAAUAGACUUCUUGAGUUCUGACAAAGAUGAUUUUGAAAGUUCUUUGUUUGAGCAUCCUAAAAGUAUAACCAGUAUUAAUAAACCAGUUUCUGUUAAGGAGGAAGCUAAUGAUAAUCUUCUUCCUGAAGAUAUUCGAUACUCGUCGUCUAAGUUGACUAAUCUAUUUACGAAGCCUCAAGUACCGAUAUUAUGCUUCAUGAGGCGUAAAGCGAAACCUAAUGACUCUAAAAGUGUCACUGAUGAAAAAUUCUUUGCUCAGCAUUAUAGAGAGCAAGAAUUGGAAUGUGAGAACGAUAAGAUGGCUGCAUCAUUUCACCAAGCAGAAUUUGAGGACUUCAACAAUGAUUUUGGUGGAGAUGCUGAUCUUGAUGGAAUAGACUUCAACGAUGCUCUAGAUACCAAUGGAAGGGAUCAGCCAUUAAGUUCCCAGGUACCUGAAGGACUCAAGCUGCGGCCAGAAAACAUUACUUUUUCUAAAGUUGCAAAGAGAGUUGACGUCAAGCUUUUGAAGGACAACAUAUGGAAAACUAUUAAAGAAGAACAUGACUCACCAAGUUCAGUAAAGAUGGAAACUGACUCAAACACCAAUGUAUCUCAAGAUGAUCCAGAAGUCAAGCCUCAUGAACAAGAAAAGCCGACAAUAAAUUUUACAGAUAUGUUUACGUCUCUUGGUUCUUUAUAUGCUACGGAGCAGCGAAAAGAUAUAUCCACAAGCUUUUGCUUCAUCUGCUUACUACAUUUAGCCAAUGAGCAUGGAUUGACUAUUUCAUCAAAUGAAAGAUACGACGAUCUUAGGAUUUCAGGAUUCUAA